AACCCUUUUCCCUCUAUGCUCCCCACAGAUGACAAGUGGGUGAUUGAGACGAGGCAAGGGGAUCUCCAGUUGGAAGACACCGAGCCAGUGAAAUUGUGUGGGCCCUCCUUGCAAGAACCUUAUUGGUCCGAAGAAGAUGGAGAUGCAGCUCUUGGGGAUGGAGCUGACCAGAAGAAUGAGGACAACCCAGGUCAAAACAGACCUGAAGGGCUUCCUCUAGCAGAAGAAGACGGGGACUCAAGUCAACCUGUUAUGGUCCAAAGACGGCACAGAAGUCGAGAAAAGAAGACCUGUGCCGUGUGCGGCAAGACUUUCAGCCGGAGCACGGUGCUCGCUGCCCAUCAGAGGACCCACACGGGCGAGAAGCCAUUCAUGUGCCAGAAUUGUGGGAAAUGCUUCAGCUUCAAGUCCACUCUGGUUGCCCACGAAAGGACCCACACGGGAGAGAGGCCUUACACCUGUGAUCUGUGUGGGAAGAGCUUCACCGUCAGCUCAGUCCUCACCAGGCAUUACCGAGUCCACAUCGAAAAGAAACUCUUCAGCUGCUCCGAGUGUGACAAGAGCUUCACUCAGAAAUCUCAGUUGCUCAACCAUCAGAAGAUCCACGUGAGGGAAAAGCCGUUCAAAUGUGCCCAGUGUGGAGAAGGUUUCAGCCGGAGCUCCAGCCUCAAGAAACACGAGGGCUCCCACACGGGGGAGAAACCCUUCAAAUGCCCCGAUUGCGAGAAAUCCUUCAACACGUCUUCCCAGCUGGUCAAGCACCACCGAGUCCACACCGGGGAGAGGCCCUACACAUGUUCGGAGUGUGGGAAGAGCUUCAGCCAGUGGCAGAUCCUGAUGGUGCACCAAAGGACCCACACGGGCGAGAAACCCUUCAAGUGCGCCACCUGCGGGAAAUGCUUCUCCGAUCGGGCUGUCCACAUUCGCCACCAGAAAGUCCACACAGGGGAGAGGCCUCAUCAGUGCCCCACUUGCGGGAAGAGGUUCACCCACCGCACCGUCUUGGUGAAGCACCAGAAGAUCCACGCCCGAGAAGCUCUGAACCUAGCCAAAUUGCAAGAUGAGCAGCAACGACACGAGGAAACUUCAUAAAAGUUUGCAAGACGGGACGAAUGCUCAACUUUGAAGGAUACCGACGGGCGACGCUCUUCCCUGAGCCUUCCCUACCUUUUUUGGCUUCCAGAUGCGUCAAGACCCAUGGUCUUCCUGGCUUAAAAACAGAUGGGAGUUGCAGUCCAAUAAAGGAACUGGGUUGGCUUGAUAGCACAGGAUUCUGCUGUAUUGUGCAAAGAUGUAUAUGUAUCAGAUAAUCAGUAUGUCUACAACAGAGGUCUUCAAACAUGGCAUAGCUUGCUGGAGAAUUCUGGGAGUUGAAGUCCACAAGUCUUAAAGCUGCCAAGUUUGAAGACCUCUGGUCUACAAUCACACCGUGGCAAACGGUCACUUUCCCAGGGCUGAGCAUGAUGGGUUAGGCAACACUUUCUUUGACACACGUGGGGAUCCUCCAGUGGGCCUACUCCUCCACCACUCCCCAGUCCCCUCAUCUUCCAUGUUGUGACUGUCUCUGUGUAUGCACUUUUGUCUUCCUGAUAAAAGUUGCCGGCGUUGUUGUCGAGUCUUGGCAAAGUCAACUUUUUCAAGAUCUACUUUAGCUAUGCACUACAGUGAUAAAGAAAGCAGUUCAUGAGGACAGAUUAAGCCCCUCCCAUUUGUGCACAGACAUCAACUAGUAGUAGAUAAUGUAUCCGAUAGAGAAGCAUCCUGUUUUAAUUCAAUUCCCCAUCACAAUGUUAUUGUUUUUUUGCCACUGUUCUUUGGUUGUUGGUCCCCACGUUUCUGAUUUUGGACACCAACAUGCUGUUGUGUUUCUGUAUUAUAAGGAUAAGAGGAUAAUGUAUAUCACAAAAACGGAUUAAAGCAAAAAUUAGAAGUGCCUCAUAA